UAUAAAGUCUUCGUAAGGCUAUUUCCCUUGCAUCUCUGGUCUAGUAUUAAUUUGUUCCUACUUCAUAUUAGUUGUUUCCUUUUUAAUUAAGAGAUGGCACUAACUGGUAAGCUUAGCACUGAAAUUCCAGUCCACACACCUGCUUCAAAGUUCUUUGACCUCGCGACAAAGAAACUCCAUCAUGUUCAAAACGUCUGUGAAAGAGUGCAUGCCACCAAGCUGCAUGAAGGUGAUGACUGGCACAGCGUCGGUGGUUCCGUCAAACACUGGACUUAUGUCAUAGAUGGUAAAGUAACUACAUGCAAAGAGACUAUUGAAAGCAUUGAUGAGCAGAACAAGACAGUCGUAUACAAAUUCUUUGAUGGAGAUAUCGAUCAACACUAUAAGUCCCUUAAGCUUAUCUUUCAAGUGAUUGAGAACAAUGAUGGAGCUACUUCUACUUCGACUAAAUGGACAGUUGAAUAUGAGAAGGUGAAUGAUGAUGUUGAAGCUCCAUAUGGCUACAUGGAAUACUUUGACAAAUGUGCUAAAGAACUGGAUGCCCAUCUUCUCGAGGCAUAAGCUACAUUAAUUAAGCAAAGAAGGUGUUUAAGAAUUAAGUUAAUAAAGUGUGUACUUAUCUAAGUAAACUGCAUGAAUUUAGUCAUGAAGAAUAAUAUGGAUGAAUGUUUGCAUCGUCUGCUAUCCUUUGUUUGAAUGGAUUAAUAAUAAUCGACUUGGAUACGUUUAUGAGAAAGUCUAAGGAUCAGCAAAUUUUGUGGUUUUUAGCCAUCAAUUAAUUAUUAAUGAUAUUUUUAA